CUUGCACACACAUGUCGUCCACGUUGCAAUGGGUUGCGUUUAAAUAGGCAGGUCCAUCCGGGACACUCUCAUCAGUUUGGUACUGUCCACCAGCCCAGCGUGUCCGUCAGCUAUUGUUUAAAAGCCUCAACACCCCCCUCCCAACAAAAUCUGCAAAAUGGCCCUCAAGUCCGAUCCCGUCUUCGAGCGUAUUGCCAAGCGUCUGGAGAGCAUCGACCCGAACAACCGCCAGGUGCAGCAGGUGUACAAGUUCCGCAUCCAGCAGAACGGCACGGUCGUCAAGACCUGGGUGCUGGACCUGAAGGCGGUCAAGCUGACCGAGGGCGAUGGUCCGGCCGAGGCCACCCUUACCAUGGAGGAUGACAUCAUGUUCGCCCUCGGCACCGGUGCCAUGCCGGCCAAGGAGGCCCUCGCCCAGGACAAGCUGGACGUGGAGGGACAGGUCGAGCUGAUCUUCCUGCUGGAGCCGUUCAUUGCUUCGCUCAAGAAGUAAGCCGGGGCGGGCCCCGCGCACCAAACGGAGCACCGUCACACGUACCACGCGAACAUCGAAAAUGCCACCCGUCGAUGGGCUUGGAUUAAUUUAUUGCAACAUUCACACACGCAUAUACCAUUACGCACACACGCAACCCGCAACCCGUAGGAACAUCUUAGCCGGCUUCCUCACCCCCGCCUGCGGACGGGAUGCAAACAAACUAUCGGUAUUUGUUUUCUGGUUUGAUGCAUCGUCCGGGCAUCACCAACCACCGCCAUAUCAUGCGCGCCCGGCCCUAUUUAUUAACAACCUUCCAUCGUACAUCGCUGGUCUGCGCAACAUUUGCAGACACAUGGUGGUGUACACAACACUGGGCGCACGCACCACCAUCCGCGUUGAUUGCGCCCCGUACCAAAGGAUUAUUAAAUGAUGCUUGAAAACAGAAUCAAA